UCUUUCCACCUCCCUUCCAGUCCGCUCGCGGUUCCUGGCUCCGGCUAGGCUCCGCAGAAAUAGGAGCGCGCAGGCGCGACGUGCGGAUCGCAGAACGCCGAGUAGCGGAGCCGGACCCGCUGGAAUCGUCAUCCAGGGACCUGCCAGAAACCACAAGAAAACAUGGGGAGGGUUUUCCUCACGGGAGAAAAAGCCAAUUCCGUAUUAAAACGCUACCCAAGAGCUAAUGGGUUUUUUGAAGAAAUAAGACAGGGCAACAUUGAGCGUGAGUGCAAAGAAGAAUUCUGUACAUUUGAAGAAGCAAGAGAAGCUUUCGAAAAUAAUGAAAAAACUAAGGAGUUUUGGAGCACCUACACAAAAGCGCAACAAGGGGAGAGUAACCGAGGAAGUGACUGGUUUCAAUUUUACCUUACCUUUCCAUUAAUCUUUGGCCUCUUCAUUAUCCUCCUUGUCAUUUUCCUAAUCUGGAGAUGCUUCCUAAGAAACAAAACUCGUAGACAGACAGUGACUGAAGGCCACAUUCCUUUCCCUCAGCACCUUAAUAUUAUCACCCCACCCCCCCCACCAGAUGAAGUGUUUGACAGCAGUGGAUUGUCUCCAGGCUUUCUGGGAUACGUAGUUGGGCGCUCAGAUUCCGUCUCUACUCGCCUGUCCAAUUGUGAUCCCCCACCAACCUAUGAGGAAGCCACUGGCCAGGUGAACCUGCAGAGAAGUGAAACAGAACCUCAUUUAGACCCACCCCCGGAGUAUGAGGACAUAGUCAACUCCAACUCAGCCAGUGCCAUUCCUAUGGUGCCUGUGGUCACCACCAUCAAAUGAAGCUGCAAACUUCUUUUUACUCUAAUCAUUUUUAAAAUACUAAUGAAAGAACUUUCUAGCACUUUACCACUACAUAAAUGUUCAUUGACUUAUUUUAUUGGACUCUUACAGCAUACCACUUCAUACUUUCUGGUUUUAUUUUCUUUAGUUUUGUUUCUUGUUAUAGAAUCAUUAUCCAUGCUCAUUUUUGCUAGGGGAAAUAUAUGAAGAGGGAAAACAUACUAAUGGGGUCUUUCAGUGAUGUGAUGAGACAUACAUGUAAGUGUAUAUAUGUGUGUAUAGGCAUAUAUACAUGUGUAUGUAUCAACACAGUAUAUGUAAAACUGUCUUAAAAAUCCAUUAACUUCUACCUAAAUCACCUGGAAAGAGAGCAUUACUCACCAAAAUUGCAAAACAAGGGUACCAAGAAUUUGUGUAAUAGCCAGUGACAUGCUGUAGAUUUUUGCAAACUGGAUGUACUUAGCAUGUUUUCUAAUUCUGACUGGCUUUUAUUAACUUGAUAAUUCUUCAUCUACCUUAAAAAGAAAAAAAUUACGGCCGGGCGCGGUGGCUCAAGCCUGUAAUCCCAGCACUUUGGGAGGCCGAGACGGGCGGAUCACGAGGUCAGGAGAUCGA